UUUUGAUUUUUUUGAGAAAAACACAAUUUGAAGUUGCGUUCUCAAUUAGAAAACAUGACUUAAAGUUGCAUUUUUGUUAACACAAUAUGAAAUUAUGUUUUGAAUUGACAGUUGAGGCAUUUUUUCGGAAAAUGACAAUAGAUACCUUUUACUGCUAAACAGUGACAUUUGGCCGAACACCAAAAAAUACAGAAGGGUUUUUCAAAUGUCAGCAAUUAUAUACCACAAUGCAUUCACAACUAGCUUCCUACAUACAUAUAUGUGCUUCUGUCUGCAAGUACUAUUCAUGCUGAAGAUUCUUCUGAUUUUUGCUAGGCAAUGUUAGAAACUGCUAGGGGAUUUGGUUCAUGAUCAAUGAGUCCGGUUAACGGGAAUCAGAAUCUCAUACUCAUACAUUAUCUUUGGAUUAACAAAUUUUUUGGGUGGGAUGGGAAGCUCAUUCGCUCUUGGAGGUAAAUCAUUCCUUCCGCACUCCUCCCUUGGGUUACCCUUUCCCCUACCCCAUUCCCAUGUCCCUCGCGCCCAUUCCCGAUUCUCAUUUCCGCCAACUAUCCAAACACCCCCUUACACCCCCUUAGCUUACUUCCAAACAAAAAAAGGGCCUAACUAUUCUUGAAGAUGUUAGUGGAAUCAUCAAGCCUUGCAAUUUGGUGACAUACAAUGGCCAUAGAAUGAACGAGUUCGUGCCUGAAAGAACUGCUGACUAUAUUAGUCAAGAUGAUAUUUAUAUCGGAGAAAUGAGAGAAACCUUGGAAUUUUCUGCUAAAUGUCAGGGUGUUGGAUAGCAUUAUGAAAUGUUGGCUGAGCUGUCAAGACGUGAGAAAAAUGCAAAUAUUAAGCCUGAUCCUGAUCUUGUUAUCUUCAUGAAGGCUGUUGCAACGAAAGGCCAAGAGUCUAAUGUGGUCACCGACUAUGUUUUAAAGGUAUAUCUAACCAGUGGUCAGCAGCACCACCUCAUUGUAAGUACCCAAAAAUAUAAAAAAAUUUCCCGUUGCUUGCAUUUAGGGCUUGAUACUUUGGUUGGAAACCAGAUGAUCAGAGGUAUAUCUGGAGGACAAAAAAGCGUGUUACAACAGGCGAGAUGUUAGUUGGACCAGCAAGGGCCCUUUUUAUGGAUGAAAUAUCUACUGGCUUGGACAGUUCUACAACUUAUCAAAUUGUGAAAUUGCUUUGAAAUAGUGUGCACAUUCUCUAAGGAACUGCUCUCAUAUCUCUCCUCCAGCCAGCGCCUGGAGCGUAUGCUUUAUUUGACGAGUUAUUCUCCUAUUGAUGGUUAUAUUGUGUAUCAAGGUCCACGUGAAAAUGUGCUUGAGUUUUUUGAGACUAUGGAUUUCAAGUGCCGAGAGAGAAAAGGCAUGGCAGACUUCUUGCAAGAAGUGAUCUGUGGUCAUUACCUUCUGCUACAUGCAAAAGUCAUACGUAAGCGUGAUGAGUCAUUGUUAAAA